UCAUCUCCACAAUAAUUCAAUUCAAUCACUGCUACCGUUAACGUUAUCUAACGGCGUUUGUUUUUUCAAACGGCGUUGUUAACUGGUGCAGGUCUUUCCCCUUUCUCUCUCUCGGUCUCCGUCUCCCUCCCUCAAAUUGGGGAUCGAUUACUUAUGUCUCUGUAGCACUUGGAUCCCAAAAUUUUCUUCACAGGAAUUUUUUAAAACGAUGUUGUAGCUCAAUGGACCGUGAAUUGGUUUGAAGGGUUUGCUAUUUAUUGUUAGGUGUUAUCUGGAGAUUUCAAAUGGCGUGAGUACUUCUGGGAUGCGUUUGUUGUUUGGUUGAGUAAUAAAUAUUAUAUUUAGUGAUUGGAUAUGGUUCAUAGAACGGUAGUGGGCGAUUCUGUUGAUAAGUUUAUUUAAAAGUUGAUACAACUCAAGAACCAAGAGAAGGUUACAGCUUUGAGGGAUGGGGGAAGCUCUACUCACAACAUUGUCCAUAGAUAAUUGUCAUCUCUCGACACUUUUGUCCAUGGAUUCAGGUUCGUUGGCACAUGAUGAUGAAUUGGACAGAGAGUUGCAUCGAUCUUUUAUCCUCUCAGGCCCUCCUGAUAUCAAUCUCCCUUUAUCAUCUGAGCCGAGUCCACCUCCCCAAAGUUGGAAUGAUCCUUGUGAUGCUCUAGAUGUUAACCUUGGGUCUCAGAUCUAUGAAGCCGAGGCAACAAUCAAUUUGCCAAAAGUUGCAAAGAAAUGCACAAAGCGACUCGAUAGUGUUUGGGGUGCCUGGUUUUUCUUUAGUUUCUACUUCAAGCCUGUGUUGAAUGAGAAAUCCAAGUCUAAGAUUAUUCGGGACAACAAUGGUUUGUCUGGAUAUGAGAAAUCAGAUUUGCAGCUAGAUGCUUUUCUUGUUCAACAUGAUAUGGAGAACAUGUAUAUGUGGGUUUUCAAGGAAAGGCCAGAAAAUGCUCUAGGUAAGAUGCAGCUGAGGAGUUACAUGAAUGGGCAUUCUCGCCAAGGGGAACGCCCCUUUCCAUUUAGUGUGGACAGGGGUUUUGUCCGGUCACAUCGUAUGCAGAGAAAGCACUAUAGGGGUCUCUCUAACCCCCAGUGUGUUCAUGGGAUUGAAAUUGUUCGGUCACCCAACCUCACGUGUCUUGAUGAGGAUGAAAGGAAGAGGUGGAUGGAACUUACAGGCCGAGAUAUAAACUUCUGUAUCCCCCUUGAAGCUAGUGAUUUUGGUUCUUGGAGGAAUCUUCACCACUCAGAAUUUGAGGUUGAGCGGCCUCAUCCAAAAAAGUUUCUUAAUGGUACUGGUUUGAAUUUGUUAACUCAACCAUCAGACCAUGGGAGCAAUGAUGUAUUGGACGUUUCAGUAGUCUGCAACAAACGUAAGAAAGACCUUUUUCCCCAUAGACAUGAUGAUGAUUGUUGCUUAACAAAUAAUCCGCACUUGGAAAAAACGUUGGAUCUAAAAGUUCGCACAGCUGAGAUGCCAUGGUUAAAUGAGUUUAGUGGAGUAAUGAAGACUGUAAGUGGCCCUGUAACAGCUGCGAAAACAAUAUACGAGGAUGAUGAGGGGUACUUAAUCAUUGUUAGUUUGCCUUUUGCUGAUCUGCAGAGGGUGAAAGUUACUUGGAAGAAUACACCCUCCCAUGGAAUUGUAAAAAUUACUUGUGUGAGUACGGCAUGUCAGCCAUUUAUUAAGAGACGUGAUAGGACAUUUAAGUUAACAGAUCCAACACCGGAGCACUGCCCCCCGGGGGAGUUUGUCAGGGAAAUUCCCCUCCCAACCCGCAUACCUGAAAACGGUAAACUGGAAGCAUAUUGUGAUGAAACAGGAACUGUUCUCGAGGUUAUUGUGCCGAAACACCAGAAAGGACCAGAAGAACAUGAGGUCCGUGUAUGCUUCGUUCCUCCGCUUGGAAUGAAUGAGCAUAUGUUGUCAUGACUGAUCAUGAUCGUGUAGGCUUGAAGAUUAUUGUGGCAGUUUUUUGGUGUGUCAGUUGUUUUCUCACUUUGUUGUUUGAGAAAAUUCACCAUAAAAUAUCUGAUUUUUUUUUUUGAAAUCUUUAUAGCGUGUCCUCCUCACAUUCAUGUUUUAUUUUCACAUCUUAAGUUGAUCUUAGAAUACUUAGGUGAGACUGUUUAUCAUUAUAUGCUUUAUUGACCAUGCAUUUUAUUGGUUUAAACUUGCUCCAACAAUCCUGGCGCAUUUCAUUGUCAUCCGAGUAGCUUAGGCAUAAUUAUUUGUUCUCAUUGUUGCUCCACCUUAAAAUUUUAUUUGAAGGAUAUAAGAUUAUAACGAAUGUACAACUUGUACGGUUGCAUUGCCUUUUCUCUCUGUGAUGUAUAUAUAUAUCUGAAAUUUCUGUA